ACCCCACGAAUACGGCAUUAUUGUUCACGCGAUCGCGGGGGUUUGGUGUCUCUUCCUCUCACAUCGCCUCUUCGUCCUUCCCUUUCUGUUUCCUUGCGGCACGACACUCGCAUCAUCGGUCGAACCAGCAGUCGGAGUCGAACCAUGGGCGUCACCGGAACCGCUCAACAAGCCGCCGGCCGAGCCCAGGAGCUCAAGCAAUUCGAAGAAUCCAAGCUCGGAGUCAAAGGCCUCAUCGACUCCGGCCUCACCUCCAUCCCUCCCCUCUUCAUCCACCCGCCCGAGACCCUCUCCGGCCUCAGGCCCGGCCGCCCCAGGCCCGAUCCGAUCCCCACCAUCGACCUCUCCGGCUGCGGCUCCGGCCGACGGCCCUCCAUCGUCGUCGAGGAAGUGGGGCGCGCAGCUCACGAGCUCGGCUUCUUCCAGGUGGUCAACCACGGCGUGCCGGCGGAGGUCCUGGACCGCACGAUCGCGGCGGUGAAGGCCUUCCACGAGCAGCCGGCGGCGGCGGCGAAGGCGAGGAUCUACCGGAGGGAGAUGGACACCGGGGUCGCGUUCUUCUCCAACCUCGACUUGUUCCACUCCAAAGCGGCUAGCUGGAGGGACACGCUCCAGAUAAGGCUGGCGCCGGCAUUAGCGGACCUGGAAGAGAUCCCGGAGGUGUGCAGAGACGAGGUGAUGGAGUGGAAUCAGCAGGUCCAACGGCUGGGAGGCCUCCUGUUGGGGCUGCUGAGCGAGGGCCUGGGGCUGAGUCCCGGCAAGCUACAGGAAUUGACGUGCUCCGAGAGCAGGAUGAUGGUGGGGAAUUACUAUCCGUACUGUCCCCAGCCCGAUCUGACGGUCGGUUUGACGUCCCACACGGACCCGGGGGUGAUCACGGUGCUCCUGCAGGACCAGGUCGGCGGGUUGCAGGUGAAGCACGGCGAAGUGUGGGUGGAUGUGACGCCCGUCCCGGGCGCUCUGGUCGUGAACAUCGGCGACAUCCUCCAGAUCAUGUCCAACGACGAGUACAAAAGCGUGGACCACCGGGUGUUGGCCAACCCUAGCCGAGAGCCACGUGUGUCGAUAACGGUUUUCUGCAACCCGAGCGAUCGAGAGAAUCAGUUCGGACCGUUCCCGGAGCUCGUAUCCUCGGAUAAGCCCGCCGCUUUCCGGCGGUUCACCUUCAGCGAAUACAUGACGAGAUUCUUUACAAAGGAGUUGGACGGGAAAAGUGUGAUGAAUUACUUCAGGGCAUGAUUGAGAGGUGCCUAGGCCAAAAACGAUGGUACCCCCGAGAAUAAGAUUGCUUCCCUGUAAUAAUGUAGAAAAGUAUUAGAUUCUUCCCCUAAAUUCUACUGAACCUUGUGUUAUGUUGUUUCAUAUAGCGGUUAAUUUGCACAUC